ACUUUAUUUCAGUUACCUACUUAAAAGUAAUAAACAGACAACUAUCGAGAAACAAAUCACUGUGACCAACCAUAUUUCAAAGAAAGAUUCAAAACAAAUUUAUAAAUUGAAUAUUCUGUUAUAUAAUGCAUCCUAACUAAGGAAUAAAUCAUUAUACACUUCAAAUACUAUUCAUUUAAUUACUAGGAUAUAUAUCAUUCAAGUUGAUCUAUAAUCAUGGUACUUAAGUUCGGUCCAGAUAAUCCUCCAAUUGUUAUUGACAAUGGAACAGGAUUGCUGAAAGUUGGCUAUUCUGGUGAAAUGGAACCACGUGCAGUUGUUCCUAUGAUUCUCGGUCGACCCAAACAUAUGAAAGUCAUUACUGACAGAAAUUCUGAUGAAUGCUUCGUCGGUGAUAUAGCCGGUGGUAAAAGAGGAGCAUUAACUUUAUCCUAUCCAAUGAUGAAUGGUAUUGUACAAAAUUGGGAUGAUUUAGAAACUAUCUGGCAACAUGUCUUUACCAAUGAACUACGUGUUCUUCCUGAGAAUCAUCCAAUGCUUUUGACUGAAACACCAUUGAAUCCUAAAGUAAAUCGUGAGAAAAUGGCGGAAAUUAUGUUCGAACAAUUUCACGCACCAGCAGUUUACAUCUCGAUUCAAGCUAUUCUCUCACUUUAUGCUUCAGGUCGUACAACUGGUUUAGUAUUGGACUGUGGAGAAGGUGCUACACACUUGGUUCCUGUAUUUGAUGCGUAUGUUAUUCCGACAGCUAUACACCGAAGAAACUUAGCAGGACGUGAAGUAACCAACUAUCUUAAACAUUUACUCACUGAAAGAGGUUAUAAACUGAUUACAACAUGUGAACAUGAAAUCGCUCGUGAUGUAAAAGAAAAUCUUUGUUAUGUUGCCAUGGAUUACGGCAAAGAAUUACAAUUUAGCCAAGAAGACAAAAAAUUGUAUGAAAUGACAUAUCGUCUACCUGAUGGUCAGUUGUUAAAUAUUGGUAGUGAAAGAUUCCGUGCACCUGAAUUGAUGUUCGAUCCCAAGUUAGCUGGUUAUGAAAUGAAUGGCAUUCACACUGCCACAAAUGAAACCAUACUGGCUUGUGGUAUGGAUGUCAGAAAGAGUUUUUGGUCAAAUAUUAUUCUCACUGGUGGAGGUACAAUGUUUCGAGGUUUCCCUGAACGAUUACGUAAAGAAUUGCAUCAUCUAGCCCCAAAAGGUGUUACAGUAAAGGUGAUGGCAUCUCCUGAACGAAAAUACUCAGUAUGGAUUGGUGGUGCUGUUUUAGCCUCUUUAAGUACUUUCAAUGAAAUGUGGGUAACCAGAGAAGAAUAUAACGAAUUUGGUUUAGAAAUUUUACAUCAGAAAUGCGUUUAAUUACAUGGAAAUACCGUAAUAUUUAUUUCAUUCGAGAUAUUAGUGAAUAACAAUAUACGAAGGUAGUUUCUUUCAGUCAUUUUUUUGUACAAUUGUGUAAUGUUACAUUUGUGCAUAAUAGUUGAUGUAAGUGAAAUGUUUCAAAUUUCCACAUUUCUAUCGACAGUUAAUAUAGAAAAUUCCCACAACCCAAGGAAAUAUUAAUUUACUUCGUAAAUGCUUUUUACUGACAUGUAGUUUAGGUUUGUAUACUUAACAUAUAUAUUCAAUGUAAUUUCAUGUAUUUUUCAAUAUAUUUUUCUAAAUGAUAUUUGAAACUUUACUCAUAAAAUGUUUAAGUUUCCAUUGAAAGUUUUUUGGCGGCCUGCUUAAACAUCUGGGCUACCUGUUUCCCGUCAUCUAUAUAUUUCAACAAGUUAUCUAAUAUUGUUUUUUUUUAAUACAUAAUUAUGACUAUUAAGCACACAACCUAUUCCGCUACGUUUCUGAAAACUGUACAACCUUUCGCUGUAAAAGUUACAAAAAGCCUAAUCAGAGAUGUCGUGUUUGCUGGGAACAUGCAGCAAAAAGAAUAUACAUUAUUCAUAUGUUGAUUGACUAAACUGCUGACAUUCAACUGGCGAUCACUGAAUGUUUAUCAUCAGGAGCAACGAAGAAAUAAGAAACGUAAAUAUGUUGAAAUACUUUAUGCUGAGAAUUUGAUUUUGUACCAAAUAAUAUAAUAUUGAAUAAAGCUAAUAAUAAUAAUAAUCCAUGGGAAAAACCCAG